GACACAGAAUACAGGCAGUCCCUGGGUUCCAAACGGGAUCUACUCUGAAGUCUGUUCUCAAGUCAAUUUUUACGCAAGUUGGAACACUAUGCAGGACAGUAUAAAAUGACUGUUCGUUGUUUCGAGUGCUGUAUUAAGUGCCUUGGAGGAGUUCCGUAUGCGUCGCUGCUGGCAACAAUUCUGUGUUUCUCUGGCGUGUCGCUGUUCUGUGGCUGUGGCCAUGUGGCUCUAACCAAGGUGGAAAGGAUUGUGUCCCUAUACUUCUCUCUCAACUCAAGUGACCAUGCCUUGCUGACUGAUGUAAUCCAGAUGAUGCAGUAUGUCAUCUAUGGAAUUGCUUCAUUCUUCUUCCUCUAUGGAAUAAUCCUUCUGGCAGAAGGGUUUUACACCACAAGCGCUGUAAAGGAAAUUCAUGGCGAGUUCAAGACCACUGUGUGUGGACGCUGCAUCAGUGGAAUGUUUGUCUUUCUGACCUACAUGUUGGGAAUAGCGUGGCUGGGAGUUUUCGGCUUUUCUGCUAUUCCAGUCUUUAUUUAUUACAACAUGCGCUCCACCUGUCAGACCAUCGACAACCCACCGGCAAAUCUGACAGAAGUGAUUGAAGAUAUCUGUGUGGACGUCCGACAGUACGGUAUCAUUCCCUGGAAUGCCUCACCUGGAAAAGCCUGUGGCUUAACCUUGACUGCCAUCUGCCACACAUCUGAGUUUGAUUUGUCCUAUCAUCUGUUUAUCGUAGCUUGUGCUGGAGCUGGUGCUACUGUCAUUGCACUGCUCAUCUACAUGAUGGCUACCACAUAUAACUUUGCUGUUUUGAAGUUUAAGAGUCGAGAAGACUGCUGCACAAAAUUCUAAGUUGCUAUAGAAGCAGUAUACAGAGCUCUACGAGCCGCACUGAGUAGCUUGAACUACCACUGGCAUCAUGGACUAAAACAGAACUUAUUAAUCUGCAUUUUACAAAAGAAUAAUUUGUAAAUAGCGCAAGAAAGCAUCAUAUAGCAUCAACACUUACAGCACUCUUUCUAGUGUCUUUUUUGAAUUAACAUGACUGCCAUAGAGAUGUACGGUCUGGCUAUUUUUGUCUCUUAAUAUGGGAUCACUAUUUCAUGCCGAUCGCAUUGCAUUGAUAAGAAAGGUUUAUAUAUUAUUGGUUGGUCCCAAAUCAUUCAUUUGCUCACGCACAUGCCAUUGCAAGUGUAUGCGUGUUUCAGUUAUCAAUUGAUGAUGAGAUAGACUUAACAUAGAAGAAGUAACAUGUAUCAAUGGUUUCAUAUGAAGAAAUUUCACUACUAAUGGUGACAAAAUUUUAAGAAGUCCAAAACUGAUUUCCUAUGUGUUAAACACAAGAGAAAUUUAUUGGAGCAAAUUUUGUUAUAUCAAAGCUUUCCCACAAUCUGCUUUAACUCCAUUUCAUUUUAAAGGACUCUUUCAGAUCCACUUUAUUCAUCCAGUAUUGCCAAAUUGUGAGGCUUGUCUGAACUGUAAAUCAAUUAGUGUAUUUGCCACAGGAUGACUAACUUGAACUACAUUGUAAAUGGUUUGGAAGUUUUGUAAAUUCAGGUGGCUGAUAUAUUUUAAACAAAUUAAAUUGGCUGAUCAGUUUAAAAUACCACAACCAAUAAAAUGCCAAAUCAGAUGCCCUUCUCCUACCAUUUUUGCCUUCAUCAAGAGUGCUCAGUUCAAUAAAAGCACACAAGUCACUCAGUGAAUUGUGUCUCUACAAAAAAACAAAUCAGUAAAUUGUUGUUGUUAUAAGGCAAACAUUUUUGUAAAUUUGAUUUCAUUAUUUUAAAAAGUUAUAACUUCUGGUUUACCAAUGCAAUGCACUCACCAGAUUUUUUUUAAAAUCACAUUGAAAAAUAGUGGGUCCAAUUAAAUGCUGCUGGUAUUGGAAACAAAGUAGAUUUGUGGGAAUGGUUUAUCUAUUUUGUUCCAUUAUCAUGAACAGUUAAGGGCACAUAUAGGAGCUUUGAACAUGCAUGAUUUGUUAAAGCAAAUUUCUAUUUAAAAGGCAAGUAUGCAUUGAUAGAUAUUUUGCACCCAGUUAAGUUUUCUAAUUUUCUCAUUUCUCUGGAAUAUUGUCUUCAAAAAGUUUUGAUGUUAUGGAAAUAUAUAACAAACUAACACACACUGAUUACUGACUUUAAAAAUACAGGGAGACAAGCUUUGUAUUCUAUAAUAGAAAAAUUUAACAUAAGUUUUAAAAGGGAAAUAAUGCAGUGAGAGCAACUAAACUGCUUUUAAGAUACCUUGUGCAUCAAAAAGAAUCUGCCUAAAUUUGUUAAGUGACCAAUUGAAUACAACCAGACCAGUCUUGGUCCUCAGAAACUGACUCCUUAAAUAGCCAGAUCUUGCACCUGAACCAUGGCAAAUGUUUUGUUUGUUGGAGCACAAGAGAUUGUGAAAAAUAGGUUGUUUGGUGUAAGAAGUGAUGGAAUAUAGAUUGUCUCCUAUUCCCCAUUCCCAUGAGUAGGGUUCUUCUGUGUUGCUGGGAUUGCACCAGUUUGAGGCUUAGUAUGAGAAUGAGUGACUGCCCUAAAUACUAACAUUUUUUCUCUGCAGUUACAGCAUUGACAGCCAAGGGUUAGUACAUUGUUUCUUUGUUAAUUAAGUGUAACACUUGCCUUUGCCAGACAUUUUAAAAAUCUUCAAAUGUGCCAUUAUAAUAUUUGUUAACCUCAAAACUGCAUGCUUUACACUUGUUUUUAGUCACCUUUUGUUACAAAAAUUCCCACAUUUCGGCAUUAUUUAAUUUUCUUAAUGCAGUAUUUUGAAAUUGUAUGUAUAGACACUUUAUUGACUUUCAAUCAUUUUUUUCUUCAUAUACUCAAAAUAAACAUGCUUUCUUUACAAAA